CCGCUAGACCAAAGGCACCUUUAGUCACUACAAAACUGCACCUUCUCUGAUAUCACGCCCUCACUACCACAAGUUGUAAAAUGGCAAGUUUCGUGUUCAUGUUUGUUCCUCUUUCACUCAUGUUAUUCAAUAUCAUCUUCCUCCUCCCUCACCCAUCAAUGGCGCAGUCCACCUGCAAAGGCCCAUGCCAACCUCAGGCGUCAUCGCAACCACCUAGCAGUGAUGAUUGCGGGCCCUCAGGAACUCUCGCUUGCGAUGAUGGCCAAAAUUUCCCUACAUACACAUGCUCCCCGCCAGUCAUGCCACCCACGAGUGCCAAACUCACACUCAACAAUUUCAGCAAAGGCGGUGAGGGCGGCGCCCCAUCAGAGUGUGACAAUCAAUUCCAUGACAAUACUGAGCGGGUUGUGGCACUUUCCACUGGGUGGUUUAGUAAUGAGGCAAGGUGCAAUAUGACGAUAAUAAUUACUGCGGUAAGUAACGGGAUGAGUGUGGAAGCCAAAGUGGUGGACCAAUGUGAUUCACAGUAUGGAUGUGAUGAAGAGCAUGGAUUUCUGCCGCCGUGUGAGAACAAUAUUGUUGACGGCUCUUUGGCUGUUUGGGAGGCUUUGUCGCUCGACACAAAUCCGGGUUCUGCAGAGGUUACUUGGUCCACGGCCUAGUUAAUUAGUUAUUGUAUCCGUACUUGUGCGAUAAAUUAUUAUAGAAUAUAAGGCUAUGCUAUAUCACACUGUACGUAGCCUUCAAAAUAAGCGGUGAAUUGAUAUCGCAAGUCGCCUAUGUAAUAUAAGUAGUGCAAAGAGAAAGUAAAUUGAAUAACUUAUAUGACAAUAAAUUUCACUUCUAAACCCA